GUUUGAAAUUGUCCUCGUUAAUGCAAACAUUGCAUUUGUAUUCAUUCGAAACGCUCUGCUUCAUUUCAUGUAAACACUAGGAGACGGUGGACGCUAAAAGUCGGACACCUGUUACAUCCAGGAAAAGACAACCAUGGGUGAGAAAAGUGAGGCAUACCACAACUUCAUGGCCAACUACAGGCUCCACAGCGACACUGGCCUCAGUAGUGGCGACAUCGGGGUGGUGGUGGCUUACUUCAUCGUCAUCAUCAUUGUCGGUGUGUUUGCCAUGUACAGGGCUAACCGACAGACGGUAGGCGGAUAUUUUUUGGCGGGAAGAUCUAUGCUUUGGUUACCCGUCGGAGCCUCGUUGUUCGUGAGUAACAUUGGUACGGAACAUUUCAUUGGUCUAGCCGGAUCAGGGGCAGGGAGCGGAAUAAGCGUUGGUGCUUGGGAAUUCAAUGCAAUUCUGCUGCUUCAGUUACUGGGAUGGAUUUUCAUACCAGUCUAUAUCGCAUGUGGGACCUACACGAUGCCCCAGUACCUGUCCAAGAGGUUCGGGGGGACACGCCUCCGGGUCUACUUUGCCGUCCUGUCCCUGGUUCUCUACAUCUUCACCAAAUGUUCGGGUGACCUGUUCACGGGUGCGCUGUUCAUCCAGCAGAGCUUGAAGUGGGACCUGUACCUCAGUAUAGUCAUCCUAGUGUCAAUCACAGGACUGAUGACCAUCACAGGCGGACUGACAGCCGUCAUCUACACGGACACCAUACAAGCCUUCCUGAUGGUCGGGGGAGGUCUUACUCUCAUGGGAUUAGCUUUUAAGGACGUAGGUGGGUACGAUGGUUUGGUGAGAGGGUACCAGACGGCCAUGACUAACGAAACCUAUAGAAUCCCUAACACAACCUGCCACCUACCGGACAAAAAUGCCUUCCGGAUGUUGAGAGAGGCAGACGAUGACUAUAUGCCUUGGGCGGGAUUCUUGCUGGGUCAAACUCCAGGUUCCAUCUGGUAUUGGUGCGCUGAUCAGGUAAUUGUUCAGAGGUUGCUUGCAGCCAAGAGCAUCUCUCACGCAAAAGGAGCGACAGUCAUGGCCGGAUUCAUCAAAAUCCUCCCUCUGUUUAUGAUGGUCAUGCCCGGAAUGAUCAGCAGAAUCAAAUACCCCGAUGAAGUAGCUUGUGUUGACAAAGACAUUUGUUACGAAAUUUGCCAAUCCUACGCCGGAUGUACCAACAUUGCUUAUCCCAGACUGGUCCUCGGGAUCAUGCCAGAAGGUUUGCGUGGCCUGAUGAUGGCUGUGAUGAUUGCUGCAUUGAUGAGUGACCUUGACUCCAUCUUUAACAGCGCCUCUACUCUCUUCACUAUCGACAUUUACAAGAGAGCCCGAAAAAACGCUGGCGUGCAGGAACUUAUGAUAGUCGGAAGGAUCUUUAUAGUGGUGAUGAUUGGGAUCUCCAUUGCCUGGGUCCCCAUACUCAAGGAGACACAGGGUGGACAGGUGUUUAUAUAUAUACAGGAGAUAACCAACUAUCUCGCCCCUCCGUUCGCUGCUGUUUUCUUAUUGGCCGUUUUGGUACCUAUGGUCAACGAGAAGGGUGCCUUCUGGUCGUUGAUGAUUGGCUUACUGACAGGAGUAACCCGGAUGAUUCUUGUGUAUAUUUAUAACGACAGUAGCGGCGACUGUCUCACCCCAGACACCCGGCCCGCUAUACUGAAGAACUUCCAUUACAUGUACUUUGCCUUACUUAUCACUCUCAUGACGGCUGUGUCUGCAAUUGUUAUCAGUUACUUUACAGGCAGACCUACCGAGGAACAGCUAUUCCGGACGACGUAUUGGACGAGACAUGCAGAACGCAAGACAGGAAAUGAGAUCCGCGAUGUAGACGGUUUUGACAACAUAGCAAUGUCUACGUCAGAUCUGAAUGAAUCCUCAGUCGAAAACGGAACAAAUAAGAUGCCUGGUACAUCUUAUAAUCAUACCGUAGAGCAGUCGGGUCUAAAGAAAUUCAGAGAUCCGAACCUGGAUAGGAAUCAGAAGGAGGAUGAAGACGAGAGUUCAUGUAAAGCGAUACUUUUGAAAUAUUUAUGUGGAGCUGGUAAGCACGAUGAAAAUGAGGACGAGAAACUGAAAGAACACAUGGCCAAAGUGGCGGAACUCAAGCAGAACAAGAUGGCCGCCCUCUGUCUGAACAUCGGACUGGUAGUUAUUCUAUUGAUCGGGACAUUCUUGUACUUCUUCUGGUCUUUUUGGAGAUAUGAACCGGCGUAGAAUUUCUCAUGACAUAAUAUCAUAGGUUAUGAAUUCUUUAUUAGUAUAGAUAAAUGUAUUUCGAUACUGUAUGGUAAUUUGUGAAAAGUGUAAAAAAUUUCUUAGUGUGUGUUUUUAGUAAACAUAAUACUUUUUAAUUUUCAAAUUAUUAUAAGUAAGUAAUGUUUUGUAUAACGUAGAAGAUUUUGAUCUCCAAGCAGUUUCGGGCAGCUUUCUCUUCAUUCACAUUGCUAUAUACAUUUACCAUCUAGUGAUUGAUAUUGAGCGGAUUGAAUUUCUGUACAUGUAUGUCUGUAUAUAACCGUGUGAACAAUUUAGAUGUCGUCAUUACUGUCAGUGUUGGAAUUCUGGACAUAACUGAUGGAGGAUAUCAUAUUGAUGAAUAAUCCUAAUUGAAUCAUUAUAUUCAUUCGCUCUUAAGAACUUUAUUAUUUAAAAGUUCUAAAUUUAUCUUAUAUCCAUGAAAAAAUUACAUCUGUUAUGCAUACGGUCACUAAUCUAAGGAGUAGGUUUUAUUGAUAUUUUUUGGCGUAUUUUUAACUCACCUUUGCGGUUAAACUUUAUUCAAAGUCAAUUUAAUUAUUUUUUAACUUACUUCUAAGUAUUAGUUCGCCUAUCUUUUUCUUUGAUUCGGUUUUACGAAUGAAGAAUAGAAUGCUUACUGUAUUAUUACCUACAUCUAUUAUGUUCAUUGAUAUAUAAAAUAUACUUAUACACAUU